UUGGAAAAUUUAUACAAAGAGGCAAAGUUCGAUGGGAAACACGAAGAGGUAAAGGAAAUCGAAGAAAGGAUUACCAACUUGGUGGACGAAAUCUCCACAUAUAUCGGUCACAAAGAUCCGCUCUUCAAGAAUAAAGUUAUUCCUACCGGUAGCUACUUUGAAAAUCUCAAGGCUGAGGGCCCUGAUGAAUUCGACUUCAUGAUUUGCCUGGACGACUUGUCUAAACCGGGAGUUUGUAUUAUAAAAGACAUUCCACUCCAACCGGUUCUCGACCCAGGAUACGUCCAUGUUCAAAUCGAUAGCGAAGAAGUUCGGCAGCGAUGGCGGCGUUACAUUUUACGACGAGGAGGAAAUCUGGACCCAGAAGCCCUCUUGAACAGGUUUAGAGACCUCAUACAGGAAGCUGUAAGGAAUAGAAAGCGUCGAUUAAGUGAAAAAAUUGAUAAACGUGUUGAAGUAAAUCUCAGAAAGAUUCCUGUUACUAUUAAUUUGAGAUGGAAAGGAACGAAAUACCCUAACUACGAAAUAUCCUUUGACUUAACAUUUCUGUAUCAAGAGAAGAGGAUGGCCAAAUGCGUCGGAUAUAGGAAGAAGAGUCCGUAAAGGACAUCCAGGGUACGACUUUUUUAAGGAAGCUUGUCGCGCGGGUUAUCAUCUCGUCGCUUCACAGAUUGGAGAGUCGGGAAGACCCAGGCCUUGCUGGCGUUUAUCGUUUUCAGUUGCUGAGGGAAUUGUUUUGGAGAAGAUCUGUCAGAAUCCAAGACUAAUUCACACAAAGACGCUGAAGGUCCUAAAAGUUCUUCGAAAGAAAUACGCGCACGCGUUAUGCCUCCAUGAGUUCGAAAUUUUCGACAACGGCUCGUAUGGCAAAAAUUGGGCUUUUCAGUCGUAUACACUGAAGACAAUGUUCCUUCACGAAUGGUGUGAAUUUCCAGAAGAUUCGUUUUGGGAUCGAGAUCAGCUUCGCAGUCGAGUCAGAGGCAUCCUAACUACGAUUCAUCGUAGUCUUAAAAAUCGAGACAUUCGCAGUUUCUGGGUUCCAGAUCACAAACUUUAUAAUUUUCUUGCCAGAAAACAGACCGCGACAGAAUCUUGCGAAAAAUUCCUUGCACUCCUUAUCGAAGAACUGACAAUCACUUAGCCAUAAAAGCCAACUUAAUUGUUAACUGAAUAUUUCCUGUUUCUUUGUGGCUUUCUUUGCCAACGAUGAUAACCUUGUAUUCAGUGAAGUCUGAAUUGUUCAAGGAAGUCACAAGCAUUCAAAUAACGUAGCUGAUCUUUUGCCCUACAUAGAUUCAGAACCCAUAUAUUACCUUUUCGCAGCGAUUUUAUCAUAAAUGGAUAAAGGUAAUGUUAAUUAAUAUUCAAGGAAGAGUGAGCUUUUGGCUCUCGCGAAGAAAAAUACAUGGCUCAUGAUCGUUUCCGUGGCAGAAUCCCAACCAAGUAAGAACCAAUCGCUCGGAUAUAAGCUCAGGACUGCCUUGACAUCAGGAGCCGGGGAUGGGCUCCUGCUUGACAUUUAAUAAUUCCUUCUAUUCAAACAAAGCUUUCCCGACAAGCGUCUUACGAAACUUCAAGGUUUUUUCCCUGCUAGUUUUGAUUCCUGUUUACAACCUUGUAACCUGGCAACCAGUAUAAGUGAAAUCAAACUAUGCAAAUUGACUCGACUUGCAGUCUAUUUAACUGUUGUGCUCUGCGACGUAAUUCACCUACACAAGAAAGUCCUGAGCUCCAGUUUCCACUUGGCCGUGGUGAGUCUGGGGUUGGUCAGCCGUACUUCCGCGAAAGCUGGAGUAUUUCAUAGAAUACGUCUCGGCAACAUAGAGUAAUGGCCACUCACCAGCCGCAGUUGCAGCACUUUGACAACAAAUACUUGCGAAGUUUCUAUCAGGAGGCAGAAUUCGAUUGGAAUCACAAUGAGGUAAAGGAAAUCGAAAGAAAAAUUACCAGAUUCGUGCAAAAAGUCUCCGAUUACAUCGGUGGCGAAGAUCCGCUGUUUAAGAAUAUUGUCAUUCCAAGCGGCAGCUAUUUCGAAGGUCUCAAAGCAGUGGGCCCAGAUGAAUUUGACUUCAUGAUUUGUUUAACGGAAUUGUCAGGACCAGGUGUUUGUGUUAUAAAAGAUAUUGACCGAAAGGUUCCUGAUCCAGGUUACGUAGAUGUACAAAUUGAAGACGAGGAGGUUAGCGAACGGUGGAAGCAGUACAUUUCGAGACGUGGAAAUCUAAAGUCGGAUGUCCUCUUGAAUAGAUUCAAAGAUCUCAUUGAAAAAGCUGUAAUGAAAAAGAAGCGUCAUUUAAGAGGAUAUAUUGAUGAUUAUAUCGUGGUUGAGCUUAGAAAGAUACCUGUCACAGUCAAGUUAACCUGGAAAGGAAAUAAAUAUUCUAACUAUGAGAUAUGCCUCGACCUCCCUUUAUGCAUUAAAGGUCCCAAUUUAUGGCCAGCAGCAUCAGACGUACGAGAGAGACUUCGGGAUGGAAGCCAUCCUGGGUAUCAAGUUUUUCAAAAAGCUGUCGGGGCUGGUUUCCAUCUCGUUGCCUCAACGAUUGGAGAGGCAGGGAAACACAGGCCUUGCUGGCGUUUAUCGUUCUCCGUUGCCGAGGGCAUUGUUUUAAAGCACAUUUGUCGAGAUCCAAGCUUAAUUCACAAAACGACACUCAAGGUUCUGAAAGUUUUACGAAAGAAGCACGAAGGCGGUCUGUGUCUCUACGAAGAUCCAGAUGAUCCGGACGUCUCAUAUAGAAUACAGUGGGUCUUUCAUUCAUAUGUACUGAAAACGAUGUUUCUUCACGAAUGGUGUGAAUUUCCAGAUGAUUUGCUCUGGGGCUCUGAUCAGCUUGGAGAACGAGUUCAGGGUAUUUUAAAAAGGAUUCGAAGCAGUCUCAAAAACAAAGACAUUCGCAGCUUUUGGGUUCCAGAGUAUAAACUUUUCAAUUUUCGUGCUAGAAAACGUACCCAAACAAACACCUGCUUGCAUAACCUAACAUCACUUAUACAAAACUUCACGAUCUAA